AUGUCAAACGCGUAUUGGGCAGAAGCUAGUCAUUUUCUCAAUGAGCAAAUGGAUUAUGAACUCAUGCAGGAUGCAAUGCUACAGCCAAAAGACCGCGAGUCUGCUUUCCAGCACUUGGCACUAUUGUAUAUCAAGUAUAUUCAAGUCUUUCGAAAACUUGAGGAUGCAUACCACCAAAUCUUACAUCCUCAAAAAAGACGGCUUUUAAAAGAGGUUGUCAUGGCAGUCGCUGGUCGUGUCCUUGAAAUCAAACAUCAUAUCGUUGGUAUUGAGUAUUCAGAUUUCCAAAACUACAAUGAUAUCUUACUGGACCUGAAACUCACGCCCGAUCAUUUGCGUAUAAGUAUUCCGCGAUACUUUGUUGAAGAUCGUCAUCAAGAAAUUCAAGCCAGAAAAGAGUUACUCAAUCAGCUCAGUGCAAAACCAUUUGGAUUUGGCGAAUCUGCUCAAAAAUUUCCAGAAAUGAGUAUCCUUGAAGCAAUCAAAAUCAUUCAAAUCAACGAAAGAGGUCGACAAGGAAAACUACGAGCAAAAUAUAUGCGCGACAUCAAACUCCAAACCCAACACGAAAAGGAAAUGAUUGGAAAUGAAGAUGAAAACGAAGUGAACGAUGCUGCACUGAAAAUACAAAAAGUAUAUCGCGGCUACAAAGCAAGACUGUAUUUCAAAAAAGCUUUGCACAAUGAGCUGGUAUUUCUUGGAAUGCAGGAUAUGUCACGAGAUCCAAAAGUUGACCCAAUAGUCAAAGCUAAUACCAAUCGUGCGCGAAGAAAGAUUCUUCAGCAACAGUACGAGGAAGAUUAUUUACAAGCAUUGAUCAACACAAAAGAAAAGAUUCUCAAAGUCGAAGGAUCAGAUAUGAAGGAAGCUAUCCAGGACGACUUUCGUCAGUGGUAUAUGGAGUAUAAAAGGUCAAAUGGAAAGUUUCCCGAGUUUCCUCCUGAUGAGAAAUGGCAACAACCUGGAUUUAAAUUUACACAGCAAGAUAGUGCUGAGCCUACAAGUAGUGACAAAUCCAAGAUUGAAGAAAAACCUGCAACAGCAGCAUCUACAAAAGAUCCCAAAAAAAGUAAUCAAAAAAGCGAUGGCAAAAAAGAUGCUAAAAAGGACACGAAAAAAGGAGCUAAAGACAAGCCUGAUGAAGAGGUGGUAGAGGUUCAAUUCAAAUACGAUCAAUCCGAGUAUCUGACAUGCAUUUCCAACAAUCAGUCAGAAUACGUUGCUAAAUGGAAAACCAAGGACGAGACUGAAAAUUUUGCUCAAAAACAUGAUCAAGAAAUUAUCAAAACAGACAAACGUCGCGAAGUGGAAGCCGAGUAUGUGUUUGAUAUUUUACAAGACGAGCUUAAAAACUUGAAGCUUGCUGUUGAACGGGAAAAAAAUGCCAAAGGAAAAAAGACUAAAGGAAAAAGUGGGAAAAAAGGUGGGAAAAAAGGGAAAAAGGGAAAGAAAGGAGGAAAAAAGGAAAAGGGGAAAAAAGGGAAAAAAGAGAAAGACAUUACUGCAAAUCGAACCAUGGAGUCUCUUGUGGAGGAGCUUAUUCAAACGGGAAUUUUGCAAAAGCAUACUGAUGUAUCUCUUGACAAAUUUAUUGGAGAAUUCAACGUUAUGGAUGGAUCGGUCACUAGAGAAACAGUAAUAUAUCCAUCCAUGGCAGAACUUCAAAGAGUGAUGGUGGAAUAUUGCGUUUUACCAAUGUGUUUGAGUCACCAGCCUUUGGAACUUCCUAAAGUGGUAUCAAUUCUACUUUUUGGAUCACACGGUACAGGUAAAUCUAUGCUUGUGCAAGCUCUAGCUACAGAAACAGGUGCACAAAUCUUCAAUCUCUCUCCCCGGAAUACAGUCGGCCAAUUCCAAGGGAAAAACAACGUAACAAAAAUGAUCCAUAUGAUAUUUAAAGUUGCUCGUGCACAAACUCCUGCCAUCAUCUACGUUGACAAUAUCGAGAUGGUGUUUGCAAAAAAAGUACCCAAAGACGAUACAUCUGAUCCCAAGCGAAUCAAAAAAGACUUGAUCAAAAGCAUCAAAAGCAUUCGAGAUUUAAACGGAAGGGUUAUUUUUAUUGGAACAAGCAGUAAACCCUGGGAUGCAGAUGUAAAGGCCAUGUUACCACUGUUUGAUAAAGUUAUCUUGUGUCCCAAGCCAGACUACUCGUCAAGAAUGCAAUUGUGGAAACAGUUUAUUUCUGAACGAUGUGGCGAAAGAUAUGCAACAAUAAAUAUAAGCUUGUUGGCAAAAAUAACAAACGGAUGCUCGGCAGGGACAAUCAAAAUGAUCUGUGACCACGUUUUAACUGAUCGUCGAAUCAAACUACUGCGAACUAAAUGUCUAGCAACAGCCGAGUUUGUUGAGCACAUACUGAGUUCUCCUAUCGAAAACAAGGAAGAAGACAAACUAUACAAGGAUUUUUUCGAAAAAACACCACUAUUAAAAAAGCGUGCUGGACUUUUUGUUGUGCCAGAUGAGGAAGAAGACUCUGGUAAAAAGGGGACAAAGGGUAAAAAAGACAAGGAUCCCAAAAAAAAGAAAUAA